AUGUUAGAGGUUGAAUUAUGUGUUAGGAAAUACAACAGAACAACCAAAGUGCAUGUCGCUAAACAUCAUUUAAGCAAAGUUACGGGGCGGCCCGCGGGGAAUUGCAGAGCUCAUUGUGUGCCCUUUUGCUAGUGUUGCUUUGCAUUGUAGCUUUGCUUGCUGAUCUUAGCGGAUCAAUUUUUGCGUUCUUGCGAAUCAUUGCGGAUUCUUGCUGAUUGUAGCGGAUCAAUUUUUACCUUCUUGCGAAUCAUUGCGGAUUCUUGCCGUCUUUGCCGUUAGCCUGCACGCCGUUUUUACUCGCAGCAUGCCUCUACGUGACACAAACAACAGCCUUGCGGCCUGUUUUUGCCACUGGAUUCUCGACUGCCUACUUUGACAUCGGGCGCCAUCCAAGGAGUUCCUCCUUCUUCUGCGAACAAUGUUUGGGAGCCCAUCGCAUCUGACUAGCGCUCCGGACGUGCCGUCCCUUGCCUUUUUUGGCCUCCGCGAUCGCGGCCGUUAAAUAGGCGCUCGCAGCCGGGUAAACUACAUCUACAAUAAGCGUUCCGGAAGCCUCAAGCGUGGCUAGGGGCGUUUCCACGACGUUCGCGUCCAGUUUGCAUUCUCAAGCUUUGGAUCUUGCUGCUUCUGGUCACGGUUUCCCACCAAUUUCUUUCUAUGGAGUGUUCUUAAAGGGCUUCUGAUUCGCUGGGACCCGGGCUCCUUCUCCGCAGCAGCAGUCUAUCGCUUACAAGGAGCUAUUCCCAGUAGCAAUUGCUGCCCAUGUUUGGGGCCACCACUGGUGCUGAAAGCUUGUGCUCUUUCGCUCUGACAACGACGUUGUUAUUCAUUGUCUACAUUAAUGACCUACCACGUUGUGUCAAACACUGUUCUGUAAAUAUGUACGCUGACGGUACAGUUUUAUAUCUUGCUGGUCCAACUGUACACAAUUUAAUUUUUCACAUUAACCAAGAUCUUCAGUGUUUAUCUGAAUGGCUAGAAAACAAUAAUCUUGUUCUCAAUGUUUCAAAAGCUAAGUGUGUACUAUUUACAUCUCAAAGGCAUAAAGAGCGCGAUUCCAUUUUACAUCUUAUUCUUCUCGGAAAGUCCAUAUCUUGCGAAACUAAUUUGAUUACCUAGGCGUGGUGUUCGACAACUUUAUGACUUGGAAGGCUCACGCGGACUAUGUGUGUAAAAAGGUGGCGUCAAGAGUUAGUAUCCUGGGCCGUGUUAGAAGUUUCGUCAAAAAGAGGCAGCAGCACUUGUUCACAACGCUUUAAUUCUUUCAUUAUUUGAUUACUGUGACAUUGCCUGGAGUAACCUUCUACAGCAAGAUAUAGAUCGACUACAGCGCACGUUGCUCUCGCUCAUCUGAAGCAAUAGAGCAGCUGCACUGGCCGACUCUUUUCAGCAGACGCUCUUACCACAAGGCUAAACUCGUCGUUCUCUGUCUUCUUUUUUUAACAAACUCCCUUUAAACAUUGUGAAGAGUGAAAACAUUCAAACGUUCUGCCGCCGAGCAAGACAUUUUUUUUACCAUAACUUUGUUAUUUUAUUAUAUUUUAGGCUUUAAAUGUGAUUUUGCAUUGUAUUUUUAGGCUUUUAAUGUAGUUCUUAAAUUUUAGUAUUGUAUUUUUAUUACAGGCUUUUUAAAUGUAAUAGUUCAUGAAAAUUCUUGAUGUUAAUUAAUUUUUUAAGAUACAGGGCCCCUAUGGAGAGCAGCCUUAGAGCUGAAUGGGCUGCCCUGUUGAAAUAAAGUUUUACUUUACUUUGCUGUCGUCCACAUCUCGAAUGCCAGGACUUCUAAAGUUCCCUGCUUAAUGCCGUUGCUUCGCAUUUUGCUGCUCGCAGCGGCAGCUCAUAGCUUUCCAAAACAUGUGCCAGACGUUACGAAUCAGAUUGCUGAUGCUCUCUCUCAUUUUCGUUGGCAGGAAUUCAGGCGGCUGGCUCCAAAUACCCAGCCUCAUCCAACUUCGAUGCGGAUCCCUCUCGACCUGCUUACAGAUUUGACUUCCUUGAUUUAGAACAGCAGUGUUACUCCUUUCUUACUCAUGGCCUGGCUCCCUUGAUUCGGCAUUCCUAUGCGUCAGCCCAAGCGAAAUUCAUUUCCUUCUGUCGACAACUUGGCAAAUUGCACCCAUCAGGAUCUCCAUGCCCAAUGGACGAAUGGGCGCUUUGUGUAGUUGUUAUGUUUCUGGCCAGGACUCUCCAGCAUUUGUCGAUUAAGGUUAAUUUAUCAGGCAUUAGAGCUCUCUACAUGGCUCAGGGGCGCUCAGAUCUGCUUGUAGAUUGUCUCCGCCUUCAGAGGGACGUUCAUGGCAUCAAGCGUUGUAAGGGUAUUCCUUCCUCCAUGCGGCUGCUUAUAAGGGAUGAGAUGAGUUGAUGCUAGUUAUUCACGAGAAUGAACUAUAUUAAAAAAUUGUACACAAACUCUUAGGUACGAAUUUUACAAUUUGACCGAAUUCAAAUUCACAAAAAAAAACUACCAAGAGAAUUCAAAAACUAUUAAUCGAAUAAACGAAAAUUGUCUCUCUGUCCAAGUCCUUCCAAGUUCUAAACUGUUCUGACUAUAUAAAAAAUUGUGAUCUCAAAAAUUAGAGCCAGGUACGUUUAAAGGUAGUGACUUCAUCCAAUCAGGGCUCGAAUGAGUCCCUUAACGCACGAAUGUCUUUCACCACCAUCGCUAGUUCAUUAGUCCUUCUGUCCACUAGUUAUUUGGCAGUCUUUGGAUCUCGGCCUUCCAGAUCAUCAGAUGUUCUGGGCAGCUCGUUUCUUGCGUACUUCACCUUCCUGCACGCUUCGGAGCUCAUGGUACCUAACCUAUCUAGCUUCUCUUCAUCCCUCUUCUUGAGUGUCAAGGACAUUGCAAUGUAUUCUUCACUGGCCCCAACGUCCAUGUGCAUAGGAAUCAAGGGCUCCAAGACGGACCCGUCCCGGAUAGGCUGUUUUUUAAUCACAGUGGCCUUGGCAGGCAUCCUCUCUGUGCAGUGCACACUAUGAUAACAUUCCUUGCUUCAAGGGGGAUGCUUCUGGCCCCUUGUUUUUGUUUGCGAAUGGACAGCCUCUCACCCGCAAUAUUCUUACAGAUUGGCUCAGGCAGAUCAUGACUUCAGCUCAGAUACCAGGCAAUUCCUCCUCCCAUAGCUUUCGUAUUGGAGCUGCCACUGUCGCUGCUCGCAAUGGGAUUCUGAAUCAAUGGGCCAUUGGCCCAACAACACUUAUCAGCUUUGUAUUAGGACAACGGCUGACUCGUUAGCUGCACACUCACAAAAAACUAGCUUCCGCACGUUCCACGGUUCCAUGCAGACUGUUCUCAUUGCUUCCCGGGGUAGCUUCCUUGGCAGCCAUCUGUCCUGGUUCAGGACCUUUCGCCUAGUUCAGUUCGCGGAUCAGCUAGGUUAGUGCCUUUGCAAUUUGCGUAGCUGGGGGAGUUGUUUGGUGCUUGGGGAUUUGUUUGGGUGAUCGGAGGUACCAAGUCACCCUGUUGACGGGUCCCUUCGUUCUCCAAACACCUGGAAACGGGUUCCUUUGGGUGGUUCCCGCUUCCAGGGUUACCAUGGAUACCUCCUCUCUGCUUAUUGCAUUCGCCCCCCACUAACCUUUAAGGUACCUGCUCCCAAGCUCAUCAUUAGCGAUGAGCUUAAAUGUGGCUAAAUAUCAUUUAGGCAAAGUUAAACUCGAGCGAGGUCGCCAGCGGCCUUCUCCCACUUCAGUGUGUGACCUACGGGGCGGCCCGCGGGGAAUUGUAGGGCUCAUUGUGUGCCCUUCUACUAGUGUUGCUUUGCAUUGUAGCUUUGCUUGCUGA